UGUUGUCGUUCAUAGUGUGAUGUUGAUGUUUUGAUUCAGUUGGUGAGGCGUGACUGUGGAUUUGUACAGGGAACAUUUCUCUGUUUGCUUUCUCUAGCUGCAGUUUACCUGUCUAGCUGGUUGAAAGAUGUCUGAAAGCUCCAGCGAUACCGAAUCUUCCUGUGGAUGGACGGUCAUUAGUAAUGAGGGUUCAGAUAUUGAGACGCUGGGCCUUGAUAACGUGGGAGACUGUGAGGAAGGAGAGGUUAGCCGUGUGGACAUACCAGCUGCCGAACGCGAUGAGGAAAGUCUGGUUGAGACUUCUCUGGAUCUCACCUUGAGAGAGGAGGCGACUUCAGAGGUGGAACCCGCCAGAGAGACAAGAGAGGAUGUUUGUGCGGAAGAGCAUACCAUUUUUUGCUCCUUCAGUGAGAACUCUGACAUCAUCACCCUGGCGGACUCUCGGGAAGCGGAGAUUGACACACGGGAGGAGCCUGUUGCUAAGGAGAUGGAGGAAAUAGGAAGCAAAGAGCUCUAUCUUGGAACCUCGUCGAGCAGCCAGUAUACCUUUAGAGAGGCUGAGACAACGAUUACAUCUUCUGCUAGCGCUUCUUCGCGACAUCAACAGCUCAAUGUUUUCCCAGUGGAUCAGCCUGUGCAGAGAGGCUCCAGUAACAGCAGCAGCGAGGAAGAGGAGGAUGAGAUGAAGAGCAGUCCUGUGGUGAGGAGACGCAGUGUGAGGAGGAACAGGACUGUCUCGGAGCCCAGAGACCCUCAUGAGCCACAGAGGAGACAGGGGGAGGUCCUUGAAGAGAUUCAGGCUCAUCUGGACCCCCACAUUGCUCCGCAGUAUCAGGGCCAGAUCAGUGGCACCCUGAACAAAUGCAUCCUUCUGGCACUGCUCAUUGCCAUCAGCAUGGGCUUCGGACACUUUUACGGCACAGUACAGAUACAAGAGAGGCAGAGGAUUGCUAGUAAGGAAGUGGUUGAGAGUUUGAGGGAUGAUCUAGAGGAAAAAGAGGACAUGGUCCUGUCCCUCACAAGCAUCAUGGAUAAAAUAACUAAAGAAAACCAGCAUCUCCGAUUUAAACAGGAAGAGCUACAGGCACAAAAACAAGAUUUGUUUGACCAACUGUCGCAAGCUAAGAACGAGAUGGAGUCUCAGCAGAAGGACUUGACCACGGAAAACCAGCAUCUUAAAAUCACUCUUGAGCUACAGGAGGAGUCCCUCUCGGCCUUGCAGGAGGAAUUGAGGUCCUUACGUGGACAGAUCCGAGAGUUAGUGGAGAGAGGAGCUGGAACAGACUCGAUCUUGUCCGAAAACCAAUGUUUGAAGGGCCACUUGCAAGAGGAGAAGCAGAAAGUCCGUAGCUUCAUCAGCCAGAGGGCGGCACUCAUGGCCGAGGCUCAGGUCCUUCGGAAAGAGCUCGAUAAAGAACAGAAGGUUACGGAUAAGCUGAAAGAGGAACUUGAGAAAAUGAGUAAGAAAGAGGAAGAUGUGAAAGGCAUGACGGAUCCCGAGGGCAAAGAACUCCAGGCUCGACUACUGGAGCUAGAGAACAAGCUUAGAUUUGAGCAGCAACGCUCAGAUCUUUGGGAGAGACUUUACGUAGAGUCAAAAAAGGGGAGAGAAAAAGGCGACCAGGAGGUAAAGACCAAGGUUCCGAAGGAUGGGAUGAUGGGAAAGGUGAAGGAAACCUUUGAUGCUGUCAAGAAUUCCACUAAAGAGUUUGUGCACCAUCACAAGGAGCAGAUCAAGAAGGCCAAAGAAGCGGUUAAGGAAAAUCUCAGGAAGUUUUCGGACUCUGUUAAAUCUACGUUCAGGCACUUUAAAGACUCCGCCUCCAAUGUUUUCAAUAGGGCCGACGACAAUAGGUUCCAAAAGAGGAAGGAUGCAAAACCUGAACGUCAGACGUUUCAGAAAGAUGGUUUUAAGGAACAGGGCAACAAACGUGCAGAAGAUAUCCACUGGCAGCCUAAAAAAACUUUACAUCGACACCCUCACAAAUCAGCCUUCGACUCUUCUAUUCACGAUGAUCCUAACACACGCAAAACCGGCACUCAGAAAGAGCAAAGUCAGAAAAUGCCACCCAAAGGGUGUUCUGAUGUUUUUGAUUGUGCUUAUCAGGAGUCUAUGAGUCUGUUCAAUAAGGCGAUGGACCCCAUCCGCGCAGAUGAGUUUAACGAACUCUUGCGAAGCUAUCUGCAGAAAGAAGUUGGCCAUUUCCGCCACUGGAGGGAGCUAGAGAGCUUCAUCAAUAAUUUCUUCCAAAACGGCAUCUUCAUCCAUGACAAGAUGCUGUUUACAGACUUUGUUAGUGGAGUUGAGGAUUAUCUUGAGGAAAUGGACGAGUAUCACAGUCUCGAUGAUGACAUAUUCGAAGAUCUGGACGACUACAUCUACAGGCACAUAUUUGGAGAUACGUACUUAAAACACUUUGGGACAAGGUCUGAGAAUCAGUAGAGUGCAUGUUUACAUGCAUAAGAGAACCACGCAUGAGGCUUUAUGGCUAAAAAAUUUCCUGUUUGUAAAUUUGCAGUCGACCCUUUGAAGGGCCCAUGUCAAAGUGCAAGCCAUGGCGUUAUUGUCAGCGGCAACAGAGGAAACACCAGCAGCCAUGCUCUUGGCCUGAGAAAGUAAAAAAAUGGAGCCAAUCAGGACGCGAUCCCAACCGACAGUUUGCUGAUGUCAAAAUAGAGCUGGGCCCAAUGCCCUUUGAUACAAAAUAUUAGAAGAAACAUUUCAUUUGUUCUUAAAGUUGCUUCUAAUUUUUAAAGAUGGUUGAAGAAAGCUUUGAGUUCACCAUUUCAGUUAAAUUUGCACAGUGUAAAUGUUCUAAUGCUGGUUGAAUUAUUCCUCAUCUAUUUGCUCUCUUUCUGCACAAUGGUGAAAGCAAAAUCUUAGCCUCAAAACUGCAAUUUUUUUUAUAGCAGUUUAUAUUAAAUUACAGAUAAUUUUUUGAGGAAGACUUAUUUUCUUCCCUAAGCAUACUGAAAAGUGUAUUCUCCAAAAAACAACAAAUAUCAGUCAACAAGGUCAUAAAAGAUUAAAUGAUAAUACGUUGCAGUUCUGUUAGGACCAAUUAACCAUUGAAAAUAAAUUGCUGACCUUGUCAGAAGUGUGUUAGAAGUUCAGUAGAUUUAGGAUGAUAAUGAAAACAUUGCUUUUGGUUGUAAGGUUACUUUUGGAGUGGUUUGGUUUGAGUGGUCAUAAAUUGGCUGCUUUAUGUCACCUCUGUUUGAUUUGCAAAUGCAGAUCAGUGGGGAAUAUUUAUUCUUUUGGGUUCAGCUGGCAAUUGUUAGUGCAAUAAUUUUUUUACAUUUUUAUCUCUUUCCUGUGUGCUCCUAGCCAAAGUAACAUUCCUGUAAGAGCUUGUUUGUAGACAACUACAAAACCAUUUUUAUCUGCUUGAAUGUAAUUUAACAUGAAUGCACUUAAAUUCUUGCACUAGAAUAAAAGUAUUUCAUUGCUUCAUAACAUUUAUCUUUUGAUAAAUUGAGCUGAAAUAUUGGAUCCUACACUGGAGAAGAAUUU